CUUCGGUUUGUACCUUUAGGUUUGCCGUAGACGUGACGUGAGAAAGAAAUGGCGCUUGGAAGACCAGCAACAUAAACUGAGCCGUGAAAGAAUUGAACGUUUCCUGCACAAUAACGCCGUUUGAAUAAGAGGCAACGUAGUUACUCAACAGUCAUACAGAGAGAGCAAUGACGUUCUUCAGAUCUACCUUUAAAAAAAACCGAUCUUUGUGGCUACCUGCAUUGAACUACAUAAGAGCCAUGUCGUCGGAGGGUUCCGCCUUCUCCUCGCUGUCAAUCAGUCGCCCAUCCAACACCAUCACCCAUGUGGAGCUGAACCGUCCGGAGAAAAGAAAUGCUAUGAACAGGGCGUUUUGGAGUGAAAUGGUAGACUGCUUUACUGAGAUUGCUGGUGAUUCAGAAUGCCGAGUUGUGAUCAUCUCAGGCGCUGGAAAAAUCUUCACUGCUGGCAUUGACUUAAUGGACAUGGCCAGUGAUGUCCUGCAGCCUGAGGGUGAUGACAUUGCCAGGACCUCAUGGAACAUGCGGCGCAUCAUUGCCAAGUAUCAGGAGACUUUCUCAGUGAUUGAAAAGUGCCCAAAGCCAGUAGUAGCUGCAGUGCAUGGAGCUUGUGUUGGAGGAGGUGUGGAUCUCAUCACUGCCUGUGACAUUCGCCUUUGUACCCAGGAUGCUUGGUUUCAGGUUAAGGAAGUUGACAUUGGUUUGGCGGCUGAUGUGGGCACACUGCAGAGGCUUCCCAAGGUCAUAGGUAGCCGUAGUCUGGUAAAUGAGUUAGCACUGACUGCGCGCAAGAUGUACUCUGAUGAGGCCAAGAGCUGUGGACUUGUCAGCCGGGUGUUCUCAGAUAAGGAGGCCAUGAUGGCCGGGGCCUUGGAGCUGGCUGGGGAGAUCGCGAGCCGCAGCCCUGUGGCUGUGCAGGGCACCAAGAUGAACCUCAUCUACUCACGGGACCACUCUGUGGCUGAGGGCCUCAACUACAUGGCCACAUGGAAUAUGGGCAUGCUGCAGACACAGGAUGUCAUGAAGUCUGCUCAGGCAGCCAUGGAAAAGAAGAGUCUCAAAGAGGUGGCUUUCUCAAAACUCUAAGGCCUUUUGAAGGACCCUUAAGCCUGUAAAGGUGCACAGAUUGAAGUGUAUACUGAUCAAAACACUGGACGGCAUAUAGGUUUCAGUGAAAAUAUUAAACUAAACCUGUGAACUUGGUACAACUGCAGUAUGCCUGACUCGCGUUAGCAUGGUUGAGGAUCCAAACAAAUUUCACAGGAUUCACUUGUGCCUUGGGGACAGAACAUGUCAUCACUGCACAGCCAACAGGCGCCACCGACUCCCUCUGAAGGAUUACAGCCUCAAUGCCUCAAGCCUGGUGUCCACACUCUUGUGCCAGAUGCAGCUGUGAAAUGUUUUGUUAUAAUAAUAAUAAUAAAGUGUCUAACGCUGUUCUGGUCUAUGCCUA